UCGCGAGACGAACACUAUGACGACGGUACUGUAUUUACUGUACCAUAUGGUACUAUACAUACAUAGUUACAUAUUACUUAACUAGUCCCUUGGGAAUUGAUGCCUGCAUGUUAUUUGUUGACCUUAAAAGAAAAAGAAAACACGGUCCGAAACCCGAAUCAUGCAUUUAACGUCAUAAAAUUGCUAGCCUUUAGCGAGCUAACUGACCAACAACGGCUAGCAACUGCAAAUAUGGAAGCAUCACUACAAUGGUGAUUUUUUUUUUUUUUUUUUUUUUUAGGUUUGGCUUGUCCUUUCUUUAGUGCAUUAUAAAUAAAGGCUGUACUAAUUCAAUUCAAUUAACCAAUACAUUUUCGAAGGUGCAUGAUACGGAGUUGUAAUACGGGAGACAAUACAAUGGCGUUACGUUAACCUCCGUGCUAUGUAACACUUCCCCCUGUUAUGCUGGCAUGAUAAUGACUUUUUUUUUUUUAGAAAAGCGCAGAAUAGAGAAAUGCAUACAUGGGUUUAUUAAGCCACUAAGAGAGACAAGUAAAGCUCCCGUUAUGCGAGAGCUAGUUAGCGACAUUGUUUACCAAAUGCGAUGAGAAAAAAAACGUACCUUCGAAUAUGUUUUUUCCCGUUCAAAGAUGUUGUUCGGUGGUCUGAUAUUUUUUUGGUAACCUGACUAUUUCGUAAAAGCCGCCACAACAACAACAAAUUCUUUGAACUUGGUUUUACGAAAUGUUUCCCCGAGCGCUAGGUUUCCGCAGUGACGUCAUCGCGUCGACCUCAAAUCCUGAGGAUGGUGAGUGUUGAUUAAAACUGUUCAUUUAUGUUCCUCAUUUAAUAUUUGUAUUUUACAACCCCUUGGAUGCUUUUUAUACUGUUCUAUGAAUUAAUGACUGUGCUGUCUGUUUUUGUUACUAAUUUGAAUAUGAGAUAUGAGAUCAAAUUUGGGGGGAACCUGACAAUGCGUGAGUACAAUAUUGAACUCCAAAAUGAGAAAAUCUGCUAAAAUUGAUUAAUGUAUGUUCUUGAUUUCUUUUAUAUUUUAUUGAAAAUCCCCCUGGCUCCUCUUUUGUACUAUUUUAUACACUCAUAUAUAUAUUUGUUUGUAAAUUUAAUAUGUUCAAUAAAGAUGGAAACAUUGUGAAUGUUGAAUAUUGCACACACGAAAAACGUCUCAAACACAAACGUGAAACACACAAUUAAAUUCCACACUGUUCCUCUCUUGAAUGUUACCAUGUGUACCAAGAAAAAUACUGAAAAUCAAAAAUCUAAUCAGGCAUAUUCCGACGAAGAACCUUAUACGCUUCAAAGAGGCAAUGGUUCAAAUGUCCUAUCGAUAACAAUAAUUGAGACGAAAAAGCGUAACAACACAUGACACAUCAGUCACUUAAAAGGUGCAAAAUAUAAUGUGUUUUCAUAUCAAAUAUAUAAUUCAAGUACAUGCCAUAUAUGUAUUUCCUCGUAACUAAGGGCAUCUCUCGUAAACGGUGAUAAAUGAAGUGAUGCAGAAGGCUGCAUCCAAAAAGGCAAAAUCCACAUUGUCGCUCGGCAAACGUAAAGGCGUGAGGGCGCCGUUGAAACCUUUUCCAAGAGUACUAUUGGUCAGCGUCGAUGCUCGGGGGCGGGGUUGUGACGACACAGGAAGUCAAAGGCAGCAGUGGGAUCAUUCGGAAGUGCAGUAUUGAACUCGAAAUAACGCUGGACAGACAAUAAGCUCGGAGCAUCACGACUUUGACGUCAAACGAAUGACUACGUCUGCGUGCAUUUGUCCAGGGGACAUUUUACGAACUUGUCACCAUGGCAACAGAUGGGGAUCCCUCCAACUCGGUGAAAGUGUUGCACCUCCUGGUCCUCUCCUUCUCCUGGGGCAUGCAGGUCUGGGUCUCCUUCAUUGCAGGUUUUGCUUUGGUGCGGCAGGUGACUCGGCACACCUUCGGUCGGGUGCAGAGUAAACUCUUCCCGGUUUAUUUCUGCUGUCUGUUGGGAAGCCAUUUUGUCAGUUUGGCCGUUUAUGCCGCGCAUCACCUGAGAGAGCUGCCGGACACGCACGAAACGGCGCAGAUGGCUCUGUAUUUUGUGGCGUUGCUGAUGGCGGGUCUAAACGCUCAGCGGUUUGGUCCGGCAGCGACUGAGAUUAUGUUCCUGAUGAGGGAGGUGGAGAAGGAGCACGGUCUCGGCAACCGGGUUGGACUGGGCGCCGAAAAGGAAGGUUAUGCCAAGCUCCAAGAGCAAGACCCCAAGUAUAGAGCCUACAAGAGCAAGUUUGGCCGCUGCCACGGGUUGUCCAACCUCUGCAACCUGAUAGGAGUCAUCUGCACCACAACUAAUUUGAUCUACACCGCUCUAAAUCUAUCUACAAUUUAGACAUGCUGAGGUGUCAAGCUUUCAUUGGGUGGUUUGAUUUGUCGUUUUUGUGACCAGUCUUUUCUUUUACCCUUUGUCAAUGACCCCAACCCUAACCCUUUGUAAUCGUGCAAUCUGACAAGAGCUUAACAUGUUUUAUCAUCGUUGCAAUGACUGUUAAUGUGCCCAACCCAGGCAGUACGGUGGAAUAGGUCCAUGUGGUUAUCCCAUCUGUUCCUAGUUCUGAGGGUCUGGGUUUGAAUCUCGGCUCGUUCCUUCCUCUGUGGAGUUUGCAUCAUCUCCUUGUGCUUGCAUGGUUUCUCUCCGGGUACAUACCAAAAAGACGAAUAUUCUAAGUUCGUCGGGGACACUAAAUUGUCUAUAGGCGUGAGUGUAAAACGUUCUUUGGGAUUGGCUGCUGACCACAGUCCAAGGGUGUACUCGGCCUCCCGCCCAAAGUCAGCUUGACGUUGAAAAGCGUUCUAGGAAAUGGAUGGAUGGAUGGAUGGAUGUCCUCGAGACAUGCCUGGGCCACGUCUCCAGAAGGGGGCGAGGGCUGAACACGUUUAACAAUUACUAGACCAAAGCAGCAGAAAAUGAUUGACCUUGUUUGAAAACAGCUGCGUUUCCACUUUAAGUGACGUUUGGAGAGAUCAGGUCGAAAAUCAGGAACCGUACUUUGAAUCGACAUUCGACUUAAGCGCACAGUUUGAUAGUUUGGAUUUGAUUUCGCCAGCUAGAAGGCAUAACAGUAUGUAAUUUGCAUUCACGAGGAAUUGUUCAAAUGCUGUGAUCUUCAGUGAUUCAUGAGCUUUGUGUAUCAUAGGUUUGUACGGUUUUUGCUUCUAACAAAUAAAACGGCACUGUGUGCUCAAACUAUG